ACCGGCACGUCCCCGCCGUUCCGGUCGGUUCCCGGGACCGGCGGUGGGUGAGUCCGCGCGGCCUCGGCCCGGGCGCCAGAGGGGAGAGCCGGCACCGGCAGGGCUGGCCCGGGCCCCCCCGGCCCGGUGCUGCGGGUCGGCCAGGCCCCGCCCCGCCCCGCCCCGCCCCGCCCCAUGGAGAGCAGCAUGGAUUUCCAGGCGGCUGCGCCCGCCGCCCCUCAGCUCAGCGGCGACGAGGCCCCGGAGCUGCCGGCCAUGGACACGGAGGAAGGGCCCGCGGAGCGGCCUGGCGCCCCUGAGCUCCGUGGGGGUGACGGGCGGCUGGAGGGGCCCCCCUUCAUCGCCCCGCUCCCUGGCUGCGGCUCCGGGCAGGACCCGCCCGCCUCCGGGGGUCCGCAGAGGGCUCCGGGGCCCGGCCCGGGGCCUGCUUCAGCCUCGGACCUCAGAGCGGGUGUGGACGGGCAAACCGAGCUUUGCCGGGACUUGGGAAGAGAGAUGGAAGAGGAGACGGUGACUGCGGGGCUGCAGGGCUCCACCGACUGGCAACCCAGUGCCGGGAGCACCCCUCGGGAUGCGGGACACCCCCCAGCCCCAGGCAGCGGUGACCCGACGGGCAUGGAGCUGGACGAGGCCCCUGAGGCUGGCGCCCACCCCGGCGGGGCUAAAUGGGCCGAGGAUGCAGAGGACGACCCCUCGGAGCUCCAGGGCCUUCUGGCCCAGCUCGAGACCCUUGACCCCAGCCGCGGCGACCGCUCGCCCGCCUCAGCACGGGACCCCCCACCCUCCUCCAGCGCUGGCACAGCCCCUCUGGCAAGCGAGCAGGCCCGGCAGAGCUUCGGGGAGUGUCAGGGCAAGUGCCGGCCCUGCCCGCUGCAUGUGGCCAUGGGCCAAGGCCUGCAGACACAGCCCUGCUGUGCCCAGCACUCAGCCUGCUCCCGGCCCUGCCACGGCCUGCUCUUUGCUGAGGCCGACCGGGAGGACUUGCUGAGCCUCCUGUGCUAUGAGGGGGGGCUGCCUGAAGCCAGUGCUGAGACACCCCUAGCCCGCUCCGAUGUCCUGGCUGGAAGAAACCUGGAGAUGCUGCAGGCUCGGGAGGAACUGGCUGCUGUGGAGGAGCCUGAAGGGCUGGGGAGGCUGGAGAGCUUGAAGGCCGGGCCUUCUGGCAGCUGGUAUUAUGGAGAGGGGCUCUGCGAGGUCGACUCCGCCUGUGAGGGCAAUCGGGACGGUUCCCCGGAGCCAGCCUGGGUGGCCCUGCCUCCCGCUCCAGCCCCAGAGGCAGAGCAGCCAGCCCGGGGCGGUGUGACCAACAGAGAACUCCCAUCCUCCUGCCUGGCCUUCAAAGAGGUUCCAGGCCCUUGCGACCCAGAGGAUCUGCUGGAUGGUGUGAUUUUUGGGGCAAAGUACCUGGGCUCCACACAGCUGGUCUCGGAGAGGAACCCCCCAACCAGCGUCCGCAUGGCACAGGCCCAGGAGGCGGUGGACAGGAUCAAGGCACCGGAGGGGGAGUCCCAGCCCAUGACGGAGGUGGAUCUGUUUGUCUCCACGCAGAGGAUCAAGGUGCUCACGGCUGACACGCAGGAGGCCAUGAUGGAUCACUCCCUCCAGACCAUCUCCUACAUCGCCGACAUCGGCUCCCUCGUGGUGCUCAUGGCGCGCCGCAAGCUGCCUCGACGGUCAGAGGUGGCGGAGGAAAAGAGGCUCUACAAAAUGAUCUGCCACGUCUUCCACUCGGCUGACGCUCAGAUCAUCGCUCAGGCCAUCGGGCAGGCGUUCGGCGUGGCCUACCAGCGCUUCUUGGAGGCCAACAGCAUUGACCCGAGCGAGCUGAGCCCUCGCCAGUAUAGCCGUGCCCUUGAGGACCAGGAGCAAUACAAUACAGAGCUGACCCACUUCUCCCGGCAGGAGAACUGCAAAGAUGUCUGCAUCCGGAAGCAGAAGGGGGAGAUCCUGGGCAUUGCCAUCGUGGAGUCGGGCUGGGGCUCCAUCCUGCCCACCGUGGUCAUCGCCAACCUUAUGCACGGGGGCCCCGCGGAGAGGUCGGGCGAGCUGAGCAUCGGGGACCGCCUCAUGUCUGUCAACGGGACGAGCCUGGUGGGGCUGCCCCUCAGCACCUGCCAGAGCAUCAUCCGGGAGCUGAAGCACCAGACAGAGGUGACGCUGAACAUUGUGCACUGUCCUCCUGUCACCACGGCUGUCAUCCGACGCCCCGACUCCAAGUACCAGCUGGGCUUCUGUGUUGAGAACGGUGUGAUCUGCAGCCUGAUGCGUGGGGGCAUUGCAGAGAGAGGCGGCAUCCGCGUGGGGCACCGCAUCAUUGAGAUCAACGGGCAGAGCGUGGUGGCAACACCCCACGAGAAGAUCAUCCAGAUGCUCACGCAGGCGGUCAGCGAGGUCCACAUCAAGACCAUGCCGGCCUCCACCUACCGCUUACUGACCGGGCAGGAGCAGCCUAUCUUCCUCUGAGCUGCUGGGGGCCAGGCCAGAGCGAGCCCGGGGCUGCGAGGGCAUGACAGGCUCUGCCUUCUGCCCCAGGACCCUCUGGUUCCCAGCACGGCCUAAUCCUGCACCUCUUUGCUCUUACUCAGGACGCUGGGGGAGACUCUGGGGGCCUGAUAGCCGGCUUGAGCAGUGUCAGUGCCUGUGGUGGGGGUUUGGACACCUCCUCCCCCCCUUCCAUUCACCCCUCCCUGCCUCACAGUGCCUGUCCUGCUGCUUCACAGGGUCCCUUUGCCUUGUCCUGGUGCUGGCAGGAGAGGGGACCCUGCGUGAAGGGUCGCCCCAUCCAGUAACCACAGACAGGACUUUUACACUCACCAAAGGUGCCUUUCCCCUGGUGGGGAUGGUGCUGGCAGCACAGCUCCAGGGCUCACCCUGGCAGCACUGACCCUGCACACCGGUGUUGGGGUGCAGCUGGCACCCCUGAGGGAGAGCCAGUAGCUCCCAGACUCAGCCUUAAGGGCAGCAGCACCCUUGGCGCCUGCUCCUCCUCCCUGGCUUUGCCAGGGCCUGUCGGGGGUGCAGAUGAACUCCCCGAUAGACUUGUUGCACUGAGCUGGGAAACUACCUCUGCUUUUCCCUGGUGCUGCCUUUAACUGCUCUGCAGGCGCAGCCCGGCCCCAGCCCCCCAGGCCAUGGGGUCGUGGCCCUCGGGGCUGUCCUCUGGCCCAGUCCCACGCCCCAGGGAGCCUGGGGUCAUGAGCCUUACGGACCAGCCCCCGGUGCUGUGUCUUUUCACGUGUGGGUCUUUGGGCCUCUGUGGCCGCGGCAGUGACUUGACUGUGCCUGUGUGCUUGGUUGAUGUAAGAAUAAAAGUUUGGGGGAACGUGG